CACUUAGUAAACACCAUGUUAGAAUUGGAAAUACAUUUGUUAACAGCUGACUACGAUCUCGUGUUGCCUCCCUGCCGUAGUUUAGUACUAUUGCGUUCUGUAUUCUAUAGUAUUUAUAUUUAUAUUAUUCCUAAAUUCAUUACCAAAUCACCUCUUUCGCAGCCGGGUCAUCGCGUGCCCCGCUACUCGCUGAUCAAUUGGGGAAUUUGUGUGCCCAAUGCUUGCACCUAUCAAGAUGUGGAAUAUACUGUGCAGGACUAUUUGAAUAAUAUGACCAGCUCCACGGGCAUUUCGUUUCAAGUGCGCGUUGAGCCGAAAUUGUGUCAGGUGCGCGACAAUAAGACGUGGGAUCGUAACACAACAUGGGCCGUCCGCUUUUUUCUCAUUAUUCUUUCCGUGUCCGUGCUAUCCACUAUCUAUGAACGCUGUACUAAACCUGGCCAAAAACCAAAUGAAUGGUGUACUGCCUUUUCGCUGGAUAAAAAUCUUCGUUGGCUCUUCAGCACAAACUACUCUCCCAACGAUAUUGAAGCGGUGCAUGGCAUACGAUUUUUGAAUGCAGUUAUGUUGCUCUUCUCUCAUAAAUCAAUGGCUAUGUUUUUCAAUCCUUACAAUAAUAGAACUGAAAUGUCUGAGAGUUUGGGUCGCCCUUGGACAGUUAUUGGACGCGCCGCAUCGCUUUAUACCGACCCAUUUCUACUUUUUAGUGGCAUGCUUACUGCUUACUCACUUUUCGGUCGCCUGUUCAAAGGCCAGCCGAUACGUCUGCGAAAUGAAUAUAUUAGCCGAUUAAUGCGUAUCGUACCUCCACUAGCCGCUCUCAUACUCUUCUGUACUUUUGUGCUACCCUUGUGGGGAUCGGGGCCACAAUGGAACUUAGUGGUUGGGCAUCAUGCAGAUAUUUGUAAACGCAACUGGUGGCGCAAUUUACUUUUCAUACACAACUACUUCGGAUUCAAUGAAAUGUGUCUUACACAUACACAUCAUCUAGGCAUUGACACUGAACUCUUCGCAGUGGCGCCAAUAAUGAUACUAGGUCUAUGGAAAUGGCCACGAAAAGGACUAUUCACCCUUCUGCUACUUGGAGUUAUUGGUACCGCCGCCCGCUACUACACAACCAUCAUAAACCAAUUGUCAAACUACAUCUAUUUCGGAACAAAUAUUCAACGCCUCUUCCGCACUGCCGACUAUAUGUACUCCUUCCCACCCCAUCGUUCCACAGUCUAUAUAAUGGGCAUUUUGCUUGGUUACUGCUUACGCAAAUACCCUGGCAUAAAGUUGUCAAGAACUCAACUUCGCUUCGGUUGGGUGGUGGCCACAGCCUGUGUGCUUACUUCGCUUUUGGGACCCGCGCCAAUGGGUGACAUCAACUAUCAGUACAACUCAACACACGCGGCCAUAUAUGCAGCAUUUGCACCAAUUGCUUGGUGCAUGUUCUUCUCAUGGAUUGUUUUUGUUUCACACAAUGGCUACAAAAGUGAGUUUUCAAAAAAUCGUCUUUAUACCACUUAAUAACACUUGAAAUAAAUAUUAUUACGCC